AUGGACGAAGUGAAGACAGAGCGUGUGACUGAGGUCGUCGCCGAAAAGCCAGAGAACGUGCAGGCACAGACGCAGGAGAUCGACGCCGACGGCGACAAACCUCUUCCAACCGAGGAAGAAAACGUGACUCUGCGCCGGGUCGCUGAUAACUUGCCAUGGGUGGCCUUCUCACUUUGUUUGGUUGAAUUUGCAGAGCGUGCGUCUUACUAUGGCGCCAAAACAGUGUACUCGAAUUUCAUCGAAUACCCGCUACCAAAAGGUGGAAAUGGAGCUGGCGCCCCUCCCAGAGGCACCCAAGAGACUGCAGGUGCUCUCGGAAUGGGCUUGCAAGCAAGCAGUGGUUUGACGCUGUUGUUCACAUUCUUGGCCUACGUGAUUCCUAUCUUCGGGGGAUGGUGGGCAGACGUCUAUGUUGGACGGUACAAGGCUAUUAUCUGGGGUGUUCUUCUUUGUGGCCUUGCCCAUAUCAUCCAACUAGUCGGUGUUAUCCCAUCCGUGCUACAGAGAGGGCCAUCGAACGCCGCUCCGCCGUUCAUCAUUGGUCUUUUGAUCCUUGCGUUUGGAGCGGGCAUCUUCAAGCCAAAUGUCGCUCCUCUGGUCCUCGACCAAAGUCCACACAAGAAGCCUUUCGUUCGGACAUUGAAGUCUGGGGAGAGGGUCAUUGUUGAUCCAGAAGCAACCGCAAACAGAAUCAUGCUUCUUUUCUAUGGGUUCGUCAACAUCGGUGCUUUUUACAUGCUUGCGACCACUUAUGCGGAGAAGUAUGUCGGGUACUGGCUCUCCUUCUUAUUGUCUGCUAUAAUAUACUUUCUGCUUCCCAUUCUCCUGUUGGCAGUCUACAAGAAGACCCACAAAGAGCCUCCGAAUGGAGGCAAAGAAAUCACCGAGGCGUUCCAGAUCAUCGCGAAAGCCCUGCGCGGGAACAAACUCAUGUUCUGGCGAAAGGACUUCUGGGAUGCAGCCAAGCCGUCUAAGCUUGGACCCCAGGGAGCUACUGUCACAUGGACAGACAAAACCGUCGACAAGGUCGCCAAGGCUCUUGGGGCAUGCGACAUCUUCCUCUACUAUCCUAUCUGGUAUCUCAAUGAUGGAGGGAUUGGUUCUGUUUCCACUAAUCAGGGUGGAUCCAUGGUGACCAACGGGGCCCCCAACGAUGUAUUGAACAACUUCAAUGCGUUGACCAUCAUUGUUACAGUCCCUAUUCUCACUUAUGUUAUUUAUCCCACACUGCGACGGUUCAAGAUCACCCCGGGUCCGAUUACCCGAAUCAGCUUCGGUUUCUUCCUCGCCACCCUUUCCAGUAUUGCAGGGACGCUAGUCCAGUGGAAAGUCUAUGAAUUAUCGCCUUGUGGGUAUCAAGCCUCAACCUGUGAUCAGGUGGCCCCAAUUAGCAUUUGGUGGCAGCUCCCAAACACUAUCUUGUCAGCCAUCAGUGAGUGCUUCUGCGCAGUGACCGGGUAUGAGGUGGCUUAUGCACGAGCACCAAAGAGCAUGAAGGGGCUGGUUAUGGCCGUCUUCUUGUUCAUGAACGCCCUGAGCAGCGCACUUGGAGAGAUCCUUAUUCCGGUGACGAAGGAUCCGUACUUGCUGUGGAUUUGGGGUGCUCCGGCAGUGGCGCUGGCAGCAGAGGGAAUUAUCUUUUGGUUCAGGUUCAAGCACUUGAACAAGGAGACGUUCUAUGCUGUUGAAGAGCUUGAUGAAAAAGAUGCAGAAGACCAGGAGCGACAAGCUGCUCUCAAAGUCUGA